GCUUUUCUUCAUUACAUUUCACUGAGGCAUGUAAUUAAACGACUACUUCAAUAUAAAAAUAUAAAGAAGAUUAAUAACUUGAGUAGAUGUUUUCUGGAAUGUUUGCUAUUAAUCUUGGUUUAUUAGUUUUCAUAACUUCAACCGCGUCUGUGGAGUUCUCGUCUAGUUGCCGGCAAUACCGCAGCAACCACCUAAGACAAGAUGGCGGCUUGUGUUUUGAGAUACCACCAUGGCAGCACCGGCCGGUUGAGUUAGAUCAACAUCUGGAGAAGCUCCGGGAGCGGUGGGGCAACUCCACCAGAAGGUCGAUGAUGAGGAGUUCGCAAGUGGCUUUGGGAAACAGUGAAAUAACAAGAUACAUAGAUACGGUCUUGGCACCAUUCUUGGACACUUAUCACAGGAACAUUCAGAACGCAUAUCAACAAAUGACAGGGAAGAUCCUGCGCAAGAUAAAGGAAGAGAUCAACACAGCUAUACAGAAGAAGCAGCAGAUUUACGCGGAACUGACUGAUUUGGCUAAUGAGCUAAAGGUUCCAGCUAUGUGCGACGAAGAACGUAGGGCAGCAAGAACCCUUGCAAGUAAGCACGUUGCACAGGUCUACGGGUGCUCUGAAGAAGCGAGAGCAUCUAUUGCGAAGAUGGGCACCUACGCUGAAGAGAUGAUAGGCAUCACCAGGAACCACAUGCAAGCGACCAUGUACGACGCCACCAGAGCCUUCGGUGCGCAUGCGCAGAGAAAGAUGCAGAAAUCCGACAUAGCCUCAAGCCUCAAAGAUUUAUCGAAAGCAGCUGUGGCGCUGGGAUAUGAAUUGGACUUAAGCCUGACAAACGCCAGGCGUCACAACGAGCAGUCGUGUGAGCAUCUCUCUUCCUGUUGCAGCAGGGCUCGGAGACAGACCGAGGAUGCUGUAUCAGAACUAAGAGAUCAGAUGUACCAGUGUGUCUACGCUUAAUAAAUUUUCUUCAAAUUA